CAUAGUGGCCUCCUGCUUGACUACUCCUGCCUGUAUCCGUCUGUCUCCUCUCACGACCCGUCCGCUCAACCCAUAAUUCCCAGCGUCGACACAACAUGGAAGAGGCCAACAGCUGCAAGAGAACAAUGUUUUGGCUGUAAAGUAACUCAAAGAAUCGAGCGUUUCAGUCGAUUCAUUUGAAUUCUACGAGUCGGACGUGGUCAUGUACAACAUAUUUCAUCAAUGAACUUUGGCCUGUUAAAGACCCAAGCAUGAGUAUUAUACAAGACAAACUAGGCAGUGAGUUUUUACGGAACGGUGGCAUGGACCCCAACUUUCCCCCCAGCAUGAUCAUGUUCAGCCAUUUACCUCCAGUGACCAGCUUCACACGUCUGACUUCGCAAGCCUCCAUGUUGGAUCUGCCCCAAGAGAUGAUCCUGAAGAAGGAACGUGACUCUCCAGACCACAAUGGUGGCUUUCUCCACAGUAUGGGUAUAAAACAGGAGAAGCUUAGCGAGUUGGAUUACCGCCUUCCAAUGUAUGCAACAGGAACUGGAACAGCAGGAGGAAAAAGCACUGAUAUGCUGGACAUGUCGCUUGGCAGCCACCAGAAUAUGCUUUUGCAUGACCUAAGCCCUAGCAACUUCUCCGGAAGACUGGGGAAAGACCCGAAAGAAUCUGGGCCUAGAAUAGGGAGGAGAGCAAAUGGAGAAGGACCAGAUGGCAAAGCCAGAAGGAAACAAGGAGAUUCCGCAAAGGUAUGUAGAGGCUACCCUUUUAUCAUUCACUAUGUAAUUUAAAACUUUUUGUAGAAAUUUGAAAUGCAAACAUUGUGAUGUAACUGUCACAAAUGGAUCAUUCACAUUCUUUUUAGACUCUUUUGUAUGACAGCAUAUGUCAAUAGCAGAAAUGUAAUUGUCUACAGAAGUUUUCGUUUAUUUUAGUGGCCGACAUCGCCUCGGCCGAUAUAAGCUUUUCUGCUUGGCUGAUGUGUUUGAGGCAGAACUUUUUUGACGGCACUAAGAGUGGCAGCGGCAGAGCACACAUUCUCCCUCUUGUUUACUGUUGUCAUUAACAGUUCUGUCUAAUAUGGAUAGAAGUCUGUCUAAAGCCUUCUACACUCGAUUUUAGCAAUCCUAUAUACGAUUU